UAAUGUUAGAUUCAUGUUUCCCGCCUUAUCAUGCAAGGUCGCGUAUCUGUAUUUCCCGCCAAAAGCUCGGCGUGUUUGUACUUCCCGCCAAAACAUGGAAAGUUGGUUAUGCCAGUCAGUCCUACUUUCUGGUAGUGGCGGUUACUUCAAUGAGUAAAGGUAGCAGCCUAGAGCGGUAUCAACCGCACAAAGAGCGGCGUGUUUUUGAUAUUGUAAUCAUCCUCCAUAAAUACGGUCUGAUGGAGCACCGUACCCUCAUUCAGACUCGAACAUCACAAAAGUAGCAACAUCAAUCAGUCGUUAAACCAACACCAUGUCUACAGUUUCUGCUGUUCGACCAAGAGGGUCUUUUCUAAUCGAUGAUCUUCUACGAGACACGCAUGACRCUAACAAGAUGCCCGCUGAUACACCAGCUGUAGUUACCACAGGGUUCCCRAGAUACUGCUUUCCUCCUAUUAGUAGUUGUGGCAGCAGUAGUAAUAGUGAUGAAGAUUCUGCAGAUGAAAAAGAUACAACAGAAAGUCCUGACCAAUCAGAGCCUUCAAAUGAGAACAGAAAGACCAGACCAUCGUUCGCACCCCAUAAAGUAGCACGUCUCAAGAGCAUAUUCGUCCAGAGAAACUACCUGAGUAAGCAAGAACGACGACAUCUGGCACUAGAACUGGRCAUGACUGAUGAACAAGUCAAGACCUGGUUCCAAAACAAGAGAACAAAACUGAAGAAAAAAAUGGCCGAAGAAGAUGAACACUACGCCAAGCUGCUCUACCUGAACGACCUGAUCAACGGUACAUCACCUGACCGUCACCAUGACUACCAAGUUCCACAUAGUUACCAUGGCUACCCAUUAGCUGGGUAUCCAGGCCUGGAUCGAUCAUCUGAGUACAGCGAGAGACUGGUAUCGAGAAGAUUUCCUUAUCUUCCAAAGUAUUAG